UUGCUACUAGGCGCUGGUACGUUCUUCGCCUGCUGCUUAUGGAAGACUGGAUCGAUCAGUCGUUGGAGUAUGCGAGCGAAAGCUUUGAUCCACUUUGAUCUAUCGAUUCCGUCAUCAUCGUCUUCAUCAUCUUCGUCAUGGACUACUCCGCGUCGUCCUCCCUUCGACAGGAUCGACGCAAGACUAUCCGUCCGUCGAAAACAUCAGGGCACUCUGUCUAGAUACAUGCUACAGCUGUACCAUCGGCGUCCAGACGCCGAUGUCGUCCGUGCGAUUCAGCCGGUGCAUACUUCCGGUCCGCUUCGCGAUGGCGGCAGGAUUCUGGAGUUCGUGAUUCCGUCAGUCGACAUCGACGAGACGUUGGAGGCAGCAGAGUUGCUCGGAAUAGCCGGUGCGAUAAUCCGGGUGCGAUCAUUGAAUGAUCUGUCGACGAAGAACAGAAGCGAAGAGAUUUUAAGAUCGAGAAGGGAUGAUACUUGGCGUGCCUUCGACGUCACGUCCGCCGUCACCGGCAGGAACAAUGAUGAUAUUGUCCGACUUCACGUUCACAGCAGGUUGACCUAUCGCCCUUACGGCGAUAGUCCGAUCCUUCUGUUGAAUUACAGCAAGACCGGUGAAAUCCAGCGCCAUCGUCGAUCCGCGGAAGAUCAACAGGAAGACCAGGAUCAGUGGGGCGAAGAAACGCCGCGCAGACGACGUCGGAACAGUUGCCGUCGACGUCCGAUGUACGUGGAUUUCGCUCUGAUCGCCUACGACGAGUGGGUAGUCGCGCCACCCGGAUACGAGGCUUAUCAAUGCUCCGGCAAGUGUUCUUUUCCGUUUGGCGAUCAUCUUAGUCCGACCAAGCACGCGAUAGUGCAAACGUUGAUACAUGGCGCUCUUCAGGCUAGCGAGGAUCUCAACGGUAACAAAUUUGUCGGCAGACCUUGUUGCGUACCCACCAGGUUGGCACCUACGAGCCUACUUUAUCUGGACGCCAGUGGUACUUUAACCUACGAGUACGGCUAUGAGGAUAUGGUUGUCUCUGAAUGUGGUUGUCGUUAAUAGUUGAGAUCAUAUGUCAUGCGAAGAGAGUGCGUAUUUUUUCCUU